AUGAUGGGCGAAUCAAACAGGACAACGGAGAUCCCGUGUGAAUUCUAUUCAGACAAGUAUCCAGAUCCCUCGAAUCACCCGAUCACAAUCGUCCUCUUCACCUUACUCUACACAUUUGUCUUCCUGAUCAGUUUCGCUGGUAAUAUGGGUGAGUUGAUACUAAAAAUGAGAAGUUCAUAAAGCCCACGCUUGAAAUUUAUCAGUAGAGCGUAAAAAGUGCGAAAAAACCGCCUUCGCGCCAUUCAUUUUCCAAAUUAUCAUUGGAGCGCAAGUUGAUUUGAAAAAAUCGCCAUUAUGGUAUAGGAACUCCCAGAUUACUUCUCAGGGCUCAAAUUAACUAUCGGAGGAAAAAUAAUUAACGAAAAAAGCCCUGCUGAUUUUUUUCCUAAUUACAAAAGUUGGCAAAUCCCACGCUUAAAAUUUAUCAGUAGAGCGUAAAAAUUGCGAAAAAACCGCCUCCGCGAAUUCAUUUGCCAAAUUAUCAUUAGAGCGCAAGUUGAUUUGAAAAAAUCGCCAUUAUGGUAUAGGAACUCCCAGAUUACUUCUCAGGGCUCAAAUUAACUAUCAGAGCAAAAAUAAUUAAUGAAAAAUGCCCUGCUGAUUUUUUUCCUAACCGUAAGAUGACCAAGCCCACGCUUUAAAUUUAUCAGUAGAGCGUAAAAAAUGCGAAAAAACCGCCUCCGUGCCAUUUAUUUUCCAAAUUAUCAUUGGAGCGCAACUUAAUUUGAAAAAAGCGCCAUUAUGGUAUAGGAACUUCCAGAUUACUUCUCAGAGUUCAAAUUCACUAUUGGUGCGCAAAUUUGACCGAUCCCACGCUUAAAAUUUAUCAGUAGAGCAUAAAAAUUGCGAAAAAGCCGCCUCCACGGCAUUCAUUUUUCAAAAUAUCAUUGGAGCGCGAGUUAAUUUGAAAAAAGCGCCAUUAUGGUAUAGGAGCUUCCAGAUUACUUCUCUGGGCUCAAAUUAACUAUUGGAGCAAAAACAAUUGAUGAAAAAUGCGUUGCUGAUUUUUUUUCUCAACUUUCGCAGUGGAGCGCAAAAGGUUCUCAAAAAACCGCAAAUAUAACCAAAUUUUUUUCAAUCUAGAAAAAAUUCAAUCGCGCUUCAAUAUAGCAUUUUCAGAUUGAAUUUCUCAAUGGAGCGCAUUAGAAGUCUAAAAAUAGCUCCAAGCUCAAUUUUUGGAAAACAAUCUUCGUUGAUCUUUCAGGAGUGAUCUACGCUACGAUCCGCCAUCGGAGCCUCCAGACGGUCCAAAAUAUUUUCAUCGUAAAUUUGGCCAUUUCUGGGGUCAUCCUAGCCUGCCUAUCAAUACCACUAACGCCAGUUACCCACAUCGCCAAGCAAUGGUUUUUUUUUCAGAAAAUUCUUGGAUGUACCUGAAAUUUUCAGGUUCUUCGGCUCGUUGCUCUGCCGAGUCGUUGGCGGAACUCAGGCGAUAGGAACCUUCAUUGGGACUUUCUCCCUUUGUGCCAUUGCCGUGGACCGGUAUUUCCGAUUAGUUAUCGCUCCAGGUGAGUGGAAGAUUCUGAAACUUUAAUUUGAAAAAAUUCAGUUUUAGUUAUUUAUAGUUGAUUCAUAACUGCUUCAAACAGUGUUUUUCCUACACCACAACAGUAACUCAUCCAUUGCCUAGCGCGCAAGUAGCGGCAGGUCGGGUGCAGGCCUCGAAUCUGUCUUAAAGUAUGAAGAAGCGCGUAAGUCACGGAGGGUCGGGCGCAAAAAGUCCCGGCAGCUUUUGCAUGUACAGUUAUCCUCCUUGCGACCAACAAAAGACGUUAAAGAGCUCUUGAAUCUAUUUUAGAGUCUAGAGAAGUGCGCAAGUAGCGGAUGGUCGGGCGCAGGCCUCGAAUCUGUCUUAGAGCAUAAAGAAGCGCGUUAGUCACGGAUGGUCGGGCGUAAAAAAAAUUCGGGCAGCUUUUGCAUGUACAGUUAUCCUCCUUGCGACCAACAAAAGACGUUAAAGAGCUUUUGAAUCUAUUUUAGAGUCUAGAGAAGUGCGCAAGUCACGAAUGGUCUGGCGCAAAAUUUUUUAGAGCCGUUAAAGUAGAGUCAUUCUCCUUGCGGCCAACAGAAGGCCCUUAUGAUCUCUCAUAUCUGAAUUAGAAGAUAGAUGAGUGCGCAAGUCAGAUAUGGUCAGGCGCAAAAUUUUUAAGGCUGUUAAAUUUAGAGGCAUUCUCCUUGCAACAGGGAGCCUUAAAAAGCUCUCAUCUCUAGAUUGGAAGAUAGUCAAGUGCGCAGGUCAGAUAGGGUCGGGCGCAAGGAGCACCUAGCGGCUUUAAACCCACUCUCGAGUUAGAAUAAUCUAAAGAAGUGCAUUUUUUUUCCAUCGACGAUUCAAGUCCCACAUGUCAUGACCGCAACGAGAUUUGCCAACGAGUCAAUUCGAAAAAGGCGCGCCCGACCCAAAACGACUUGCGCGCUGAGGCAUCUCAAAGCAUCGCAUUGUGAAUACGACUUGCGCAGUUUGGUAUUUCAAUGCAAGCUCUAACCGUAUCAUGAUUCUCGACCCUCUUAACCAUUCGAUCUGAUUGAAAUUAAAAGACCUAUGUUUUAAAAUCUUCAAAUAAACGCAACCGACCCAAAACGACUUGCGCACCGUGGCAUUUCAAAGCAUAGCAUCGCGAUCCGCGACGCUCACAGCCAUUCUCUCUGCGGGCCAAGUGGAAUUCAAGGAUCAAUUUGAAUUUUUGAAGAAUUUGAAAGAGCGCGCCCGACCCAAAACGACUUGCGCGCUGUUGCAUCUCAAAGCACAGUAGCAAUCUCUAACCAUAUCUCGAUCCACGAUGCAUACAGUAUUCUCUCUCUCUCUGUAGUCUGAUUGAGAUUUGAAGAUCUUAUUAUAUUUUUAAAAUCUUCAAAUGAACGCAACCGACCCAAAACGACUUGCGUACUGUAGCAUUCCAAAGCAUCGCAUCGCGAUCCGCGACGCCCUCAGCCAUUCUUUCUGCGACCUGAUAAAGUUCGAAAAGUUAUUUUUAUUUUUGAAGAGUUUGAAAAAGCGCGCCCGACCCAAAACGACCUGCGUCCUGUGGCAUCUCGAAGCGCUAAACUCUAACUCUCUCAACCAUUCUGAUUGAAGUUCAAAGACCUAUUUUAAAGGAAGACCCCUCCGAAAGGUCAACGCGAUGCGAAUCACGAUGAUUAUGUGGGCCGUUUCAAUCGUCGUCACUCUACCUUACGUUUAUCACAUGAACCUGAUGAAGUACUCGCCGAAACACGGUAGAUUCAGAUAGAAAAUGUAUCAAAAUAUGACAAUUUCAGGACUCUGCGGCUGGUUCUGCACCGAAAAAUGGCCGUCGCCGUUUUCCAAGCGAGCCUACACGAUUUUCGUUUUAGUCAUUCAAUUUCUGAUCCCGUUCAGUAUUAUGACCGUCUGUUACCAUGCGGUAGGUUCUUUUCGAAGUUGUGUAUGAAAAAAUCAAACUUCUGAAUCUUGAACUGGAAGUUACAGUUUAAAAACUUUCAAGAACCGUUUCCAAACUUCAAAAAAAAAUGCCUUUUUCGGCUUUUUAAGGUUUGAAAGUUCGCUCUACUGAACUGUAUCUCUAACUAGCCUGCUCCUCCUCAAAAUUAUCCAAAAAAAGAAAUUGUUCAGUAGAGCGAACUUGUAAAGCUAGCGACGGCUAUUUUGGCCUUCAUUAAAUCACAUUUUGCUCGAAAUCGCUCAAAAUCGCUCAGAAUUGCUCAGACUAGCUUUGAAUAGCUGAAAAUUCUCGGAGACACCAGGAAUCGGUGAGAACUCCGCUCAUAUCCAGCCAGACCUGCUCAAAUUUCUUAAAGAACUCCAAAUUACAGCUCUAAUCCUGCUCAAACCCAUUUAGACUUCUUCUAAUUUCAAAAUUCUUCAGAUCUUCUCAUUUCUCCGAAAAAGAGCCAAAACUCGCCUCACGUCCAUCGCCCAACAAGCCAACCUCCUGUACGUCCUUGCGGCUACAGCCGGCCGUGAGACUCAACAACACAAAGAACAGGUGAAUUAACGUCUUCUGUCUUGACGCCGCCGUUCUGACUUCAGAUGACACAUCUUCUGGAUCAGAAGAAGCGGGUCGUCGCUCAGAAGCGCCGCGUCACUCUGAUCCUGGUUUCAAUGGUCUUUAUCUUUGGUAGGUUUGAAACUGACCAAAAACUUGGAUAAUCCACUCUUUCGAAGAUCUUUCUUGACAUGAAGUGUCUAAUUAGAACUCAAAAAAAAAGCCGAUGCCCUUAAAGUCCGGAAAAAAAGCUAAUUUUAACCGCUAUACGACCGCGACGCGUCCAACCAUUCCCUUAACACUGCCAAAGUCGGAAUUGCGGAAAACAGGUGCAAAAUGGCCGCUGAAAGGGUUCCGUUUUGCGGCCUUUAUUGAGCCUUUCUUUCUUGGUGGGCUAAAAAGGCUCAAAAAAGGGUGUGAAAAGGGUGCAAAAAUGGUUCCAUUUUGCGGCCUUUAUUGAGCCUUUCUUUCUUGGUGAGCUGAAAAGCCGCAAAAGGGGUGCAAAAAGGGUGCAAAAUGGACGUUAAAGGGUUUCGUUUUGCGGCCUUUUUUGGGCAUUGCUUUCUUGGUGGGCAAAAAAGGCUCGAAAAAGGGUGCAAAAGGGGCGCAAAAUGGCCGCUGAAAGGGUUCUGUCUUGCGACCUUUUUUGAGCCUUUCUUUUUUGCUGGGCUAAAAAGGCUCAAAAAAGGGUGCAAAAAGGUUGCAACAAGGUUGCUGAAACUCUCGGCCAUCUAUGAUUACCGAUUUUAUUACUGUAGCAUACAAAAAGUCCUUCCAAGCCUCUUUCAAGACUAAACAAUGUUAAGGGAUCACCUCCCUGCCGCACAACUUCGUCUCAACUCUGAUGGAAUUCACGGACAGUCGGGACCUUCUGACCUUCUACAAAACCGACUACACCUACAUAGUCUCCUUACUAACGCAUUUGUGAGCUUUUUGAAGAUUUUAAUUCAGUUCAAGCCGUUAUUCUAGUACAGAGCUUCAAGGAGCAAAAAAAUUCGUUUUUUUUUUUAAAAUCUCAAGCAAAAAUAAUUCGAAUAUCAUAGCCUUUCCAGAUGGUGUUAUUCAAACGAAGUUUUUUUUUGCUUAUAACCUGACAAGGAAGGUCAUUUUACUUUGAAGUUGGGAAUUUCCUGAAAAUUGGCCAGAAUACAAGUUCAAAGAUGGAAAAAAGCACAUUUCGAACAACCCUGAUGGCACCCCGGACCACUGAGAAAUUAUUGCAAGAUUUUGCAAAAUGUUAUUCACAGGGUGGGGAACGAACCAGACACAACCGUUGCGCCAUUCGCCUCGCUGCAACCUCUCCACUCAUUUGUGAACAGAUACCAUAGCGCAGUGAUCCCCUGUGCAAACUUUGAAACGUCCGUUCUCGAAAACUAGGGAGUUGUGCAGGUUGAGAUUUUCAGGGUCUUCAUCUGGUACAUCAAUGAGUAUUCUGGCCAAUUUUCAAGGUAUCCCAACCAAAAAGUAAAACUACCUUUCUUGUGAGCCUCUUGAAAUUUGAGCGACGACCUUCCCCGAUAAAAGUCAUAAAGAACUUUAAAAUGUCCGCGAACAAAACUAAAAACCAAUAUUUCAGUCUCGCCAUGCUCUCCUGCGUGACGAACCCGCUGCUCUACGCGUUUCUGAACCCCGAAUUCCGGGAAUUGGUCCUGAACGGCUUGGCCGGCGUCUCCUGGGCCAACAACUUUGUCAGCAAGUCCUGGCACCCGACUCAAACUACCGUCUUAUAA